AUGUCUACAACCAAACAAGAAUCACUUAAAAUUCUAGUCCUCAACAAAGCUGAUUAUCCGACAUGGAAAGUUAAGAUCAUACUAUAUCACGAAGCCGCAGAUCCUGACUUCAACGACAGGAUUACUGAUGGUCCUCAUGUGCCAAAGAAACUGGUCCCUAAAGAAGGAACGACACCAGAACACUAUAUGGAUAAAACUAGAGCAGAGAUGACACGUGAAGAAAGACUUGAAGUACUCAAAGACUCAAAGAAUCGAAGAGCACUACUUAUUCAAGAUUAUGAAAGAUAUGAAACAAAUCCUGAUGAAGUUCUUACUGACACGUAUGAUCAUUUUCUUACUCUAUUGAACAACUUAUCUCUUACUGGAAAAGAAUAUGAAGCUGAGGAUUCCAACACAAAGUUUCUCAGAUCAUUACCUGAAGAAUGGGAUACUCAGAGCUCUAUCAAAAGGCAUCCCUAUGACCUAAGUACUGUUUCUCUGGAUGAAGUGUAUAGAUUACUAAAAACUCGCGAUUUGGAGAUUCAACAGAGAAAAGCCAAGAAGGUUAAUAGAGACAAGUCAUUAGUACUAAUAACUAAAACCAGAAAGGAAGUGAGCAGCUAUGCUGAAAAGCCUAGAAAUCAGAUCAUGAAUCAAAUCUCAGUUACUGAUUCUGUAUCAGUUACUGAUAACUCUUCCGGAGAUGAUGAGGAUGAUAGUCCUAAUGAAGCAAAAAUACAAGAGAUCAUGGCAUGUAUAGCUAAAGGACAAAGGAAGGUGAAAUUUGGAAGAGAUAAAAGAAAAGUAAACUACAAGAAAGACUCUUCUGAAUCAGUGAAUGAAAAAUAUGGAAGCAAAGUUGAUUGGUCAAAAAUAAAGUGUUUCAACUGUGAGAAGAUAGGACACUUUGCAAAAGACUGCACAAAGCCUAAGUCAGACGGAGGCAAAGGUAAGGCACUUUUUACUUCAACCAAAGAUUGGAUGAAAUCAUCUUCUGAAUCCGAAGAAGAAGAAGUGAAUUAUGCGUUGGUGGUAAGUUUCGAGGAAACUCAAACCACAGAUGAUCCCUCUGUUGAUAAGGUACAACAACCAGUUUACAACUUUAAAAUUGAUGACACAUAUACUCUAAAAUCUUUCCUGAAAUCAUUGCAUCUUAGUUUUAAAACACAAAAACUAGAAAACACUAGACUAAGAAGUGAGAUUGAAAAUGCAAAAAGAGGAAUGACUUCUUAUAAGGAGAACUAUGAAUAA